GGUGGUGAAUUGCGUAAACCAGGUGUGAAGGAGCUAAAACCUGAAGAAGAAGAGCGCUUGUUCAAGUUGAAAUUGGAGUUAGCAGAUCAGGAACGGGAGGAACGUCUUUUGGAUACACACUUGAAAUGGUUAAAGCAGAGUAUCAGAAACGUGAGUGAAUAUCACUUGAAUCAGAAGUUGGCAUAUGUGACUCAAGAAGAUUUAUUGGAAGUAUUCCCGGAAAGCACCCUUCUGGUUGUUCAAGCUCCGUCCGGUACCUGCGUUGAAGUACAUCAUUCACCGAAGGUUUGA